GGAGGUGGAGGGAGGAGAACAGGGCCAGAAGGAGAUGUUCUUCGUGGAGCUUCCUGGGGUGGAGUUUAAAGCAGCCUCGGUGAACAGCAGGAAGGACAAGUCUCUGAGGGUGAUGAGCCAGAAGUUUGUCAUGUUGUUCCUGGUGUCCACYCCUCGGGUGGUCAGUUUGGAGGUGGCUGCCAGGAUCCUCAUUGGAGAGGACCAGGUGGCUGAUCAGGACAAGAGCAAGUUCAAGACUAAGGUCCGUAGGCUGUAUGACAUAGCCAACGUGCUGCGGAGCCUGAAGCUGAUAGAGAAGGUCCAUGUGACAGAGGAAAGAGGGAGGAAGCCAGCCUUUGAAUGGACCGGCCCUGAGGACUUCCCCAGUGUGAAGGAGACCACUGCCACUACAGCCACUGCCAAGAGGACACUUGAGUCUCGUACCUCCGUAGACAACUGUGCCAAAAAUCUCUUCUCCUCUCCUGGGAGCAAACGCAGCUUCACCCGUCACCCCUCCCUCAUCAAACUGGCCAAGAGCAUCCAGGAAGACCGGCGCAAGAUCAACUCAGCCCCCACCAGCCCUGUCAAGAAUGAUUCCUCGAGCAGCGAGUUCUUUCCCACCAAAAUGGCUCAACUAGCGGCAAURUGUAAGAUCCAGCUUGACCAGCAAUCAAACGAGGUUGUUGACAGGACACCUAAGCCUGCAGUUACUYUGAGUGAGGCAGUGCCAGAUCAUGAACAGAAAGCUGCUAAAAAGCCAGGAGCUCCCCAGCCGCCAGUAUUAACACCCACAGAACCCCGUGCCAGCACUGUCCACCUCACCCCACAGGCACAGUUCACCCCCCAACCUACUGGGGCAAUGUCCUUCCACCCUGCCCAGUGUUCACCUCUCAUCCCUGUGCUGCUGCCCCAACUCCAGGGAGGCGGACCCUACGCCAUCUACAUGCACCACUCCUCCUUCAGGCCACACCCCCUAACUAGGCCUCAGCCAACCAGCCUCGCUGUGCGCUCCAUGACCUUCGAGGAUAAGACGGGGCGGAGCCCGAGUGAUGUCACAGUGCACGGCCACUCGCCUGCUACGAACAACCAGCCAACCAGCAGCCCCUCAGCACUAAAACGUGUGUGUUCAGCGAGACCCUCCGAGGAAAGCCCCUCCAAGGCCAAGAGGAUUGACCCCAGCACCAGGGACACGUCUCCUAAGCUGUGUGAGAUCCUCCAGGCUCGUCUGAAGGCGCGUCGCGGGGGACUCCUCUCCAACCGUCCCUCGCCCCGAGCKCUCCACUUGGACCCCGAGUUUGUCAACACACCUGGGAGCUCAGUGGCCGCCGCAGCCAAUCAGACACUGGAGCAGAACCUGGAGACCUUCCUGGAGAAGGAGGAGAAGGUCGCGACCUCAGACAGCGAGGCAGGGCUCACGCCGGUCAGAGCUGUUCCACUGACCCCCCAACACCUACACACAGAGACUCUGAUCCCCACGGGCUACCUGAUCCCUAUCUCCCAGCAGUCCCUCUUCAGCUACAAAGACAUCCACAACACCGAGAGCAGCAAAGCCACCACACCCACCUACAACAUCUACCACACACCCACUGCAGGCUCUAGACCUCCCCCGAUCCAGGAGUUCACCCCCACCAGCCUCUCCCUCCACAGGCCUCCCCCCGCCUCGCCCUUCUCUACCCCGGGGCACCGCUUCCACAGCCCCAGCCCUGCCAUCCUCAACUUUACCCUGCAGAACCUGGGCCUCAUCCCUGGGCCUGGCUCUGUACCCGCUUGCAGCCCUGGCACUGCCCAAACCCCGGAGCACCCCAGCUCCGUGCCCCUGCCUCCCCACCUGGGCCUGCAUCAGAGGGGCGGCAUGGUSUUCGUUAAGCCCAUGUCCCCCGUGUCAGUCCAACACCAGAUGACCGGCCCAGGCGGGCAACCACUCACGCUAAUCAGCCUACAGCAGGUGACCACGCCCAAAGGGACAGCCCUCACCCAGCACAGUUUCUUCCACACCCCUGUCUCCCUCUCCCCGCUGGCUACCGUGGUAACCACCAGCCACGGACACACGGCGCCGGCGGGCGCUAAAACCGUUUACAUCCCUCAGAGGAAGCUGGAAGUCACCACUGAGGACACCUAAAGACUAUGCUGCUACACAACCUGUGUGUGUGUGUGUGUGUGUGUGCACCAGCCCUUCAAUGUGUGUGUCUGUGCAUGUCUGCAUGGUUUUCUAUGGUCUGACUGUCAUAUGUUUAAGGCGUACUGUAGGUUGAGUGAUUUUUAUGUUUUAGGGUAUGUGAUGUCUCCAAAUGAUUUAAUCCAAAACUAGUCCAUGGGUUAUUCCAGCGUUCCCCAAACUCGGUCCUCGGGACCCCAAAGGGUGCGCGUUUUUGGUUUUUGCACUACACAGCUGAUUCCAAUGAUCAAAGCUUGUUGAUUAUUUGAAUCAGCUGUGUAGUGCUAGGGCAAAAACCAAAACGUGCACCAUUUGGGGGAGCGAGUUUCGGAAGCCUUGGUUAAUUCCAUUUCUACAGGGGGAAAGACAAAGUAUGUGAAAACUCCAUACAGAAACAGCUGCGUGUCACCGUCAGCACAGCUAGCUCCAAAUAUAACUCUGAUGGAGAGACCAGCCAUGGUAAAUACUCUUAACCCUGGGGCUUUGAGACACAAUAUGCCGGAUAUUACUGUGUAAUACUAUAAUACUACAGCAUACUUWUGAUACUGGUUUAUGUAUGGAUUUAUGAUUAGGGAUCACCAGUAGGUAUUAAACUGGUGAGGGGUGUAUUCUGUGUCUAAAUACAAAAUAGUGAAACAGUCUGUCUUAUUUAGGUUUUUGAAGGGUUGUUUGCCAAAAAUCUAAUAUGCUGGCUGAGUAUUUCAACAUUUCUCAAAGAGAAGUUGUAUUGAAGUCCCAUUUACAUCAUCAACGUGCCAUAAAGAAGAACAACUUAACCUCAGUUCACCGGGAUGACAUUAAUAUGUGACAGCAGGACUUUAAUGACUGAAAGAGAAUUUUCUUUUUGAAAACUAUUGUAGAAUAACUGUUUUUGUYUGUGUAAAAUUGGUAAGAUUACAAUUUUGCACGUUGUACAUGUUCACUGUUAGCCUUAAAAAGCUGGAUUGUAUGUGAUUCAACUGUAAGGGGUGAAUGUAUGCGAUGGCUUCCUACCUUAGGCAAAUCACGUGAUUGAAAUUGGAUCUUAAUGUAUAAGGAAUGGACUUUAAGCAUUAAAUUCAGCUCAGAUGUCCUUGUAUAUAAAAUGGUAAAUAAACAUAAUAUUUUUAAACCGA